GCUUCCUUUGCAGCAUUAACAGAGCAGCUAAAAUAUUUAGUUCUGAAAACACGAGACACCAAAAGAAGUGAAAAAGCAGACAGUACGUAAUCAGAACUACGGACUCAGCUACGUUACUAUCCUUCUCCAUUUCCAGUUGAGAUUAAAGUGAGAACAUGGGGUCUGGCUUGUCGGUGGAUGAAUCGGUGAGGGUGGUGAUCAUCGGUGGGGGCUUUGCUGGUAAAGCUGCAGCCUGUGAACUUAAGUCAAAAGGAAUCCCCUUUGUGCUGGUGGAUAUGAAAGAUGCUUUUCACCAUAAUGUUGCUGCUCUUCGGGCGUCUGUAGAGACAGGUUUUGCAAGAAAAACCUUUAUCUCGUUUGAAGAAAGUUUUCACGGCAGCUUUAAACAAGGCAAGGUGGUGGGAAUUAACCUGGAGACCCAGCGUGUCAUACUUGAAAAUAAUGAGGAACUUCCUUACUCUCAUCUGAUCAUCGCAACGGGUAGCGAUGGGCCUUUCCCUGGAAAGUUCAACAAACUAACUUCUAGAGAAGAAGCGAUCCAGGUGUAUGAAGAUCUAGUCAAUGAGGUGAAGAAAGCUAAGCACGUGGUGGUUGUGGGUGGUGGAUCUGCAGGAGUCGAGAUGGCUGCUGAACUGAAAACAGACUAUCCAGAAAAAGAGGUUACUUUAAUUCAUUCUAAAGUUGCAUUGGCAGAUGUGGAUCUGGAGCCAAAGGUCAGGCAAGCUAUUAAGGAGAUCCUCUUAAAGAAAGGAGUGAAGCUGGUAUUGGGGCAGAAAGUCAGCAACCUGGAUGAGUUGACAUUGAAUGUAUCUCAAGAGAAUGUAGCAUUGCAUCUGGACAAGGAUUCAGACGUGAUCAACGCCAACCUGGUUAUCGCCUGCAUAGGAUUGAAGAUCAAUUCAUCUUGCUACACUGGUGCUUUUGGUGACAAAUUGGCAAGUGAUGGCACUCUUCCAGUUAAUGGCUUCCUGCAAGUGGAUGGACAUGACAAUAUUUAUGCAGUUGGUGACUGUGCCAAUUUAGCAGGACCCAAAAUGGCAUACCUUGCAGGUGUACAUGCCAAGAUUGCUGUUACGAACAUCAUAAACAGUCUAACGGGAAAGCCUCUUAAACCUUACAAAUCAGGUUCACUCACUAUGCUCUUAUCAAUGGGACGAAAUGAUGGUGUUGGCCAAAUCAAUGGCUGCUAUGUAGGUAGUUUUAUUGUGACCAAGGCUAAAAGCAAGGACAUAUUUGUUGGAAAAAGCUGGAAAGAAAUGGGGCAAAAAAUGCCUAAUUAAAGAAGAUGUAGAAAGUUC